CUGAGCCACACCCACAGCCCGUACCUCCCCGGAGAGAGAAGAUGCUGUAAGCGAGAUGAUGUGGUGAGGCAGCAGCCAUGUAUCCACAUCCUUUACUGCUGUAAACUCUCCUCAUAUGCUGUACAGAAAAUCGGCGAGGGUACUGCACACCACAUGCUGACAGACUGUACAGACAGAAAGACUCCGCUGAUCCUGUGUUGCUGCACUGCUGCGACUGUAAUGGCCACCAGUGCCAAAAGGCCAUCGCUUGGAGCUGUGGCUCCUCGUAAGAAAGCCAGUCCUAAACCCGAACUGACAGAAGAAAUAAGGCAGGAGAUACGAGAAGCUUUCGAGCUGUUCGACACAGAUGGCUCAGGCUACAUUGAGGUGAAGGAGCUGAAGGUUGCUAUGAGGGCUCUCGGGUUUGAGCCCAAAAAAGAGGAGAUCAAGAAAAUGAUUGCAGAUGUAGAUAAGGACGGCACUGGCAAGAUCUCGUUUGAUGACUUCCUGGCAAUCAUGAGCCAAAAGAUGGCUGAAAAGGACUCCAAAGAAGAAAUCCUCAAGGCCUUUCGACUGUUUGAUGAUGAUGAAACUGGUAAGAUAUCAUUCCGCAACCUAAAGCGAGUUGCCAAGGAGCUUGGCGAGAACCUUACUGAUGAGGAGCUUCAGGAGAUGAUUGAAGAAGCAGACCGAGAUGGUGAUGGAGAAGUGAGCCAGCAGGAGUUUCUUCGUAUCAUGAAAAAAACGUGUUUGUACUGAAUAAGCAGAAGAUUAGACUACCAUAUGAGCAGAAAUUCGGUCUCAUCACAAAUCUAGCCCAUUUGCAAAAGACGCUAAAAUGCACAAUUUCAUAUCAGAGCUGAUCAGGGGUGAUAAAUGAAAAAGCAUCAAAGAUGGUUGUGUGAAUAUCUUAGCACUACAAGGCAUUUGAGAAGUUGGUCCAAGACAUCUGAUUGUUACUUCAGAGUGUUGUUUAUAAACGUAAAUGACUAUAUAGAAUCCUUUAAGAAGUUUUAGAGAAAAAUAUAGCUUUCAGUAAUGUGUCAAAAUUAAUUUAACUUUGGAAAUUUCCUAAAUAUUAUCAGAUGUAUGAAAUGUUUGAUUUUUGAAGUGUUGACUUCUGCUGUGCCUACAAUGGCCUUUACAUAUUAAACACUGACCUUAGCGUCAACCCGAUCCAAGGGUUUAUCUGAACUUGACUAUUUAGCCUGAGUGUGCUGCUUACUACUCCUGAGGCCAGUCUUUCAGGGAGCGCUGUUAUGUGUAAUGUGUGCUGAGCUUGCCGCCUGUCUGAAUUUUGAAGCGGGGACUCGUUACGUCCUCUUUUCUUUGUCUACAUCUCUGUACGGUGAUCUUACAACUGUAUUUUUUCACUUUAUAUUACAUGUUUCUUCUUUAUGCCUUCUAUUAUUAACUGCCACUUGGUGUUUUGUACAAAUCAGUAUAAAUGUUUAAAGCAUAAAUUAAAUAUGUCAAGUUGUGGUUCUUGAAUAUUAUCUCGUGUUUCAGCAUAAAUACUAAAGAUAGCAAAUUAUUUAUUUUUCUUUGAUUAAGCAUCAAAUAAUCAUUGGAGAUUCUUAUGUAUUUAAAAAAAAACACACACUGGAUGAGCUUGCCUUGUAUGGAGGACCAGAUCUGCCAAAAUCAAAUUUAAAA